GUUCAGGAAGCAGAGACCCCGAGGAACCCAGCAGGGUCACCAUUUGCAGCGCAACAUGGCAGGAGCUGGAGGAGGGAAUGAUAUUCAGUGGCAUUUUUCUCAGGUGAGAGGAGCAGCAGAUGCUGAUGUAGCAGAAGCAGAUAUAAUUUCUACAGUAGAAUUUAAUCAUUCUGGAGAAUUACUAGCAACAGGAGAUAAAGGUGGUAGAGUUGUCAUCUUUCAACAGGAGCAGGAGAACAAAAUCUAGUCUCAUCGCAGAGGAGAAUAUAAUGUUUACAGCACCUUCCCGAGCCAUGAACCAGAGUUUGACUACUUGAAAAGUUUAGAAAUAGAAGAAAAGAUCAACAAAGUUAGGUGGUUACCCCAGAAAAAUGCUGCUCAAUUUUUAUUGUCUAUCAAUGAUAAAACAAUAAAAUUAUGGAAAAUCAGUGAAAGAGACAAAAGACCAGAAGGGUGUAACUUGAAAGAAGAAGAUGGAAGGUGUAGGAUCCUACUACAGUUACUACACUACGAGUGCCAGUCUUUAGGCCCAUGGAUCUAAUGGUCGAGGCCAGUCCACGAAGAAUAUUUGCCAAUGCUCAUACAUACCACAUCAAUUCCAUUUCUAUUAAUAGUGAUUAUGAAACAUACUUAUCUACAGAUGAUUUGCGGAUUAAUCUUUGGCAUCUGGAAAUUACAGACAGGAGUUUUAACAUUGUGGAUAUCAAGCCUGCCAACAUGGAGGAGCUAACAGAGGUGAUUACCGCAGCAGAAUUCCAUCCACGCAGCAGUAAAGGAACAAUUCGGUUAUGUGACAGGAGGGCAUCUGCUCUCUGUGACAGGCAUUCUAAACUGUUUGAAGAACCUGAAGAUCCCAAUAACAGGUCUUUUUUUUCCAAAAUCAUCUCCUCUAUUUCUGAUAUAAAAUUCAGCCAUAGUGGUCCACAUAUGAUGACUAGAGACUAUUUGUCAGUCAAAAUUUGGGACUUAAAUAUGGAAAACAGGCCUGUGGAAACAUGCCAGGUGCAUGAAUACCUCAGAAGUAAACUUUGUUCACUGUAUGAAAAUGACUGCAUAUUUGACAAGUUUGAACAUUGUUGGAAUGGAUCUGAUAGUGUUGUCAUGACUGGAUCUUAUAAUAACUUCUUCAGAAUGUUUGACAGGAACACAAAGCAAGACAUACCCCUAGAAGCAUCACGGGAAAACAAUAAGCCUCACACAGUUUUGAAGCCACACAAAGUCUGUGCAAGCGGCAAGAGAAAGAAAGAUGAAAUAAGUGUUGACAGCCUAGACUUCAACAAGAAAAUCCUUCACACAGCCUGGCACCCCAAGGAGAAUAUCAUCGCUGUAGCUACUACAAACAAUCUGUAUGUAUUUCAAGACAAAGUGUCUUAG